GGGGAGUCCGUGAGGAGUGGGAGUGGAGUCAGACGGAGGGUCAGCUUGAGGAAGGGGUCCUGGCAGAGAGAGGAGAACGGGAGUCUGUAGAGGGGCAGUGUGGGGAAAGAAUGAAUCUCGGGCAGUCCUUGUGGGGGAUCACUGAGGGUUUCAUAUAAAUAUGUCACCGAGUGUGGUGACUCAUCCGAGAGUUUGAAGGACUGUUUAAUGCUGGGGAACCAGUGAGUGAGAGGAUAGUUCGAUUAUUAACUGGAUGAGUUGAUCAGUGAUGGAAGUGGUUAGGGGAGUUAAUGAAGAGUCAUUUUAGCAAGUUGGGGAAAGAAGGCAGUAUGAGUUGAUACUGAGGACAAGGGCAUCAGCACAGUUCAUCAAUGUCAGAAUAAGGGUAUGUAUGAAGGAUUAAAAAUAUUGCAUCAAGAAGGAACUAAGGGAAGGAGACAGUGUUGGAAGUACUCACGCCUGAACUCAAUAUUGGUGGAGCCCUCCAUCAAGGCGAUGGUGAUUAAGGAAAUUAGAAGACGACUGCAAGCAGCCUUAAAUUCUAAGGGUGAGACGGCCCUUUAACCUAAUGUAGUCUGAAGUUUUCGUUCGCAACAAAGUUGGGUGAGAGGCAAUGGGAAAAGAGCACAGAAAACAGGGGAAUGGCUGGCUCUUGGAACACCACAUUAAGUCCAACCUUCUCCCCGAGGAAUCAACAGUGGCCUUCCAUGAGGAACUGCCUUUUCCAUUUGCUACUGGAGUUAACGGUUGUUUUCUGCUGGCAGAAUCAGGGACAUGCCAGCACUCAGAGCGGGAUGAGUGGGUGCUCCGGCGGGGAUGUGGUCACUGCCGACCAGUGAGAGCGCGAGUGCCACAGCCCACUUCUUCCUUGGAGCUGGAGAUGAGGGGCUGGGCACCCAUCGAAUAGGCAUGAGGACAGAAGAGAGUGACAGCGAGCUCCUUGAGGAUGAGGAGGAUGAAGUGCCUCCUGAACCUCAGAUCAUUGUUGGCAUCUGUGCCAUGACCAAGAAAUCCAAGUCCAAGCCAAUGACCCAAAUUCUAGAGCGACUCUGCAGAUUCGACUACCUGACUGUUAUUAUCCUGGGAGAAGAUGUGAUCCUCAAUGAACCUGUGGAAAACUGGCCAUCCUGCCACUGCCUCAUUUCUUUCCACUCUAAAGGCUUCCCUCUGGACAAAGCUGUUGCUUACUCCAAGCUUCGAAACCCCUUUCUUAUCAAUGACCUGGCUAUGCAGUAUUACAUUCAGGAUAGGAGGGAGGUGUACCGGAUCCUGCAGGAAGAGGGCAUUGAUCUGCCUCGAUAUGCUGUGCUCAACCGUGACCCUGCCCGACCUGAGGAGUGCAACCUGAUAGAAGGUGAAGACCACGUAGAGGUAAAUGGAGCUGUCUUUCCCAAGCCUUUUGUGGAGAAGCCAGUGAGUGCAGAGGACCACAAUGUUUACAUCUACUACCCCAGCUCAGCUGGAGGAGGAAGCCAGCGCCUCUUUCGUAAGAUUGGCAGCCGAAGCAGCGUUUACUCUCCUGAGAGCAGUGUCCGAAAGACAGGGUCAUACAUAUAUGAGGAGUUUAUGCCAACAGAUGGCACAGAUGUCAAGGUAUACACAGUUGGGCCGGAUUAUGCCCAUGCUGAAGCUAGAAAAUCGCCAGCUUUGGAUGGGAAGGUCGAACGAGACAGUGAAGGGAAAGAGAUUCGAUAUCCAGUCAUGCUGACAGCCAUGGAAAAGCUGGUGGCCAGGAAAGUCUGCGUAGCUUUUAAGCAAACAGUUUGUGGUUUUGACCUUCUUCGUGCCAAUGGUCAUUCCUUUGUGUGUGACGUCAAUGGCUUCAGUUUUGUCAAGAAUUCGAUGAAAUACUAUGAUGACUGUGCCAAGAUUCUAGGGAACACCAUCAUGCGGGAACUUGCCCCACAGUUCCAGAUCCCAUGGUCCAUCCCCACGGAGGCCGAGGACAUUCCCAUUGUCCCUACCACAUCUGGCACUAUGAUGGAACUUCGUUGUGUCAUUGCAAUUAUUCGUCAUGGUGAUCGUACCCCCAAGCAGAAAAUGAAGAUGGAAGUGACACACCCAAGGUUUUUUAGUCUAUUUGAAAAACAUGGUGGCUACAAGACAGGGAAAUUAAAACUAAAGAGGCCUGAGCAGCUACAGGAGGUGCUGGACAUCACAAGGCUGCUAUUGGCUGAACUGGAGAAAGAACCAAGCGGUGAGAUCGAAGAGAAGACUGGGAAACUAGAGCAGCUGAAGUCUGUGCUGGAGAUGUAUGGACAUUUCUCAGGCAUCAACCGGAAGGUGCAGUUGACUUACUACCCUCAUGGAAUAAAAGCUUCUAAUGAGGGGCAAGACCCACAGCAGGAGGCUCUGGCCCCAUCUCUUUUGCUGGUACUGAAAUGGGGUGGAGAACUGACUCCUGAUGGUCGUGUUCAGGCUGAGGAGCUGGGGCGAGCUUUUCGCUGCAUGUACCCUGGAGGACAGGGUGACUAUGCUGGCUUCCCAGGCUGUGGGCUGCUUCGUCUUCAUAGCACUUUCCGUCAUGAUCUCAAGAUCUAUGCCUCUGACGAGGGCCGUGUCCAGAUGACUGCUGCUGCCUUUGCUAAGGGCCUUCUGGCUCUAGAAGGGGAGCUGACACCCAUUUUGGUACAAAUGGUGAAGAGCGCCAACAUGAAUGGGCUCCUGGACAGCGAUGGUGAUUCCUUGAGCAGCUGUCAGCACCGGGUGAAGGCUCAACUUCACCAUAUUUUGCAGCGGGAUGCACCCUUUGGCCCUGAGGAUUAUGAACAGCUGGCUCCCACUGGAAGCACUGCUCUACUCAACUCCAUGGCUAUCAUUCAGAAUCCUGUGAAGGUCUGUGAUGAGGUGUUUGCCCUGAUUGAAAACCUCACUCACCAGAUCCAGGAACGGAUGCAGGACCCCAAGUCUGUAGACCUGCAGCUCUACCACAGUGAGACAUUAGAGCUAAUGCUUCAGCGUUGGAGCAAGCUGGAGCGUGAUUUUCGACAGAAGAGUGGGCGCUAUGAUAUCAGUAAGAUUCCUGACAUCUAUGAUUGUGUCAAGUAUGAUGUACAGCAUAAUGCGAGUCUGGGACUUCAAGGCACAGCAGAGUUGCUACGUCUCUCUAAGGCAUUGGCUGAUGUGGUCAUUCCUCAGGAGUACGGGAUCAGUCGGGAGGAGAAACUGGAAAUUGCCGUGGGCUUCUGUCUUCCAUUGUUGCGGAAGAUACUACUUGACCUGCAGAGAACCCACGAGGAUGAGUCUGUCAACAAGCUGCAUCCCCUGUACUCCCGAGGAGUGCUUUCCCCAGGCCGCCACGUUCGAACACGUCUCUAUUUUACCAGCGAAAGCCACGUCCACUCUCUACUCAGUGUCUUCCGUUAUGGGGGUCUUCUUGAUGAGACCCAGGAUGCACAAUGGCAGCGAGCUUUGGCUUACCUUGGUGCCAUCUCAGAACUCAACUACAUGACCCAGAUUGUCAUCAUGCUCUAUGAGGACAAUACACGGGAUCCCUUAUCAGAGGAGCGAUUCCAUGUGGAGCUGCACUUUAGCCCUGGCGUAAAAGGUGUCGAGGAAGAAGGCAGUGCCCCAGCUGGUUGUGGAUUCCGUCCAGCCUCUUCUGAGAACGAGGAGAUGAAAACAGACCAAGGCAGCAUGGAGAAUCUGUGCCCGAGGAAGGCACCAGAUGAGCCAGACCGAGCAUUGCAGACUUCACCACAGCCCUCUGAGGGUCCUGGCCACCCAAAGAGAUCACCCCUCAUUUGGAACCGAAAAGCUGGCUCCAUGGAGGUCAUGAACAUGCAGUGCACGGGGAACCUGGACCUGAUUCCUUUAAGGGGACGGCGCCGCCGGAGGUCUGGAGACCUCCCCCGGCCUUCCCCAGCCAUCGGCCUACAGCCCCGGGCUGUGUCCACCACUCACCUGGCGUCCUGCACAGAGGUGCUUUCUGAGACUUCAUCCUCCAGGCCUGGUGGCUACCGGCUCUUUUCAUCUUCACGACCACCAACGGAGAUGAAGCAGAGUGGCCUAGGCUCACAGUGCACAGGGCUGUUCAGCACCACAGUGCUGGGUGGCUCCUCCAGCGCCCCGAAUCUUCAGGACUACGCUCGCAGCCAUGGCAAAAAGCUACCACCUGCCAGUAUGAAGCAUCGAGAUGAGUUCUUGUUUGUCCCGGCCGUAAAACGAUUUUCUGUGUCGUUUGCAAAGCAUCCGACUAACGAGCUGCUGGAUGACCAGCACCCUGUGGUCCGGUUGCUGCGCCGUUUUUCCUCUGACUGCCCAGGGGGCCGGCCAGUCUCCUUGGAUGCCACGCUGGCGCAUCACCUGCACCAGUGCUCCUACCACCUGCGCCUCUUCCGGAACUGGCUGCGCUCAGGCCAGGAUGACCCCGAGUGCCUCUACGGAUUUGAAGGGUGCUUCAUGGUGCCUACCGUCUACCCCCUAGAAACACUGCAUAAUGCCCUUUCCUUGCGUCAAGUAAGUGAAUUCUUGAGUAGAGUCUGCCAGCGCCACACUGAAUCCCAAGCACAGGUGUCUGCAGCACUCUUUGAGUCUAUGCACAGCAACCAGGCCUCAGAUAGCCCAUUUUCCCCACCCCGAACUCUUCAUUCACCUACCAUACAACUUCAGCAGCGCUCUGAGAAGCCCCCUUGGUACAGCAGUGGCCCUUCCAGUACUGUGUCCAGUGCUGGCCCUUCCUCCCCUACUGCAGUGGAUGGUAACUGCCAUUUUGGCUUCAGUGGUCAACCCUCCCUAAGUGCACGUUUGGCUGAGGAACGUCAAGGCCCUGGGCUGCACCAGGAGAAGCCUGGGAAUGGAACGCAAGAGCUCCCCAUAGAAGGGGAACAAGAACCUUUUGUACCAAGCCAGUCCCUACAGGAACCACCUGUGGAAACCAGCCAGCCACGUGAGGAAGUCGACAAGGUCAGCCAGCCAUGUCAGCAGGUCCCUGAUCUUAGCCAGCCAUGCCAGGACAUCCCUGAAGAGGUCAGCCAGCCAUGCCAAGAGGUCCCUGACGACAGCCAGCCAUGCAAGGAGAUCCAUGAUGAUGUUAACCAGCCAUGCCAGGAGGUCCCUCAGAUCAGCCAACUGUGUCAGAAAGUCUCUGAGGAAGCUUGCCAGCUUUGCCAGGAGAAUCCUGAGAAGGUCAACCAGCCAUGUCAGGGGGUCCCUGUGGAGGUUGGCAGGCUGGUCCAUGGGCUUCCUGAAGGCGAUGGUGGCCUGGUCCAGAAAUGCCUUGUGGAAGUUGUCACACCAGCCCAAGAGAUCUCUGAGGAGCUCAGCCAACCAUGCCAGGAGUUCUCUUUGGAGGUUGGCAGACUGGCCCAAGAGGCUUCUGCAGCCAGUCUGUUGUCUCACAAUAUCCCUGAUACACCAUCCCAAGAGUUCCCUGAGGAGAGUGAUCUGCAGAUCCAGGAAGUUUCUGAGAAGGUUAAUGAGCAGUCCUGGGUGGUCCCUAACAUGACUGACCAGCUGCCUGGGGAGGAUGUUCCCCAAGCCCGGUAUCCAUGUAGUGAUCCAAACCUUCAGAGCCAGUCUCUAGCCCAUGAUCAAAACUCACCCCUUCCACCAGCAACAUGUGAUUAAUCAUUUUCUCAUUAAGAAAAUGUUACACUGUACCAACCAUUUGAGCUAGCAGCUUUUUCUGUUGGCUAAAUUACCUACCAGCGUGAGGCCUUGGAUCUUACCAGAGGUGUCUGAGGAAGCAGUCCUCUUGGCUUGAAGCAUAUGGGUGCUGGAGCUGGGCUUGGUGAGGGGCCAAUUUCAUGUUCAAAGUAGCCAUUGACUUCUCACCAAGCCAUUAGACUUGAAUAGGAUUUCCUUCAAGGAGUGAGCUGGUCUAUUAUUACCCAGCUGCCUCUGGGCAACCCAGAAAAUCCCCGAUUGUUAAAGGAAAUGCCUUUUAACUGCAGAAGACACCAUCCGAGGACAAGUGCAAAAGGGGAUUCCAAGGUCUCCACUUUUCUGAAGAAAUAUUCACAACUUCUCAAGGUACCCUUAGACCAUACGUGCAUUCAGGGAGACUCUUGUCUUUGCUAGCACUCCUCAGAUGGGCCCAGGAUGGCUGUCUGAAAUGUCUGGGAAAGAAGAGUCCCCUUCUCAAACAAACAUCCAUCACGGCCACUAACCUUUAGACUGGGCUUAUGGGUAUGUCCAUAUCAUCCCCAGGUGCCCCAAGUUCCAUUCCUCUGGGCAGUAGCUCUAUGGGAAAAUUGGUAUUGGAUUGCUGUGAAAAUUUCUGAGAAACUAUUUAAAAUGCUCUGGGGGUUCUUGGCCAAUCUAUGAAGCUGGGCCUCCUUUUGUUGUGGGGCUUUUUGGCUUAGGAGAUGCUGCAGUAGAGAAAAUCAGGUUCUAUUUUAAGCAGAAGAGAUCAAUAUUGUACAGACAUGAGCAAAGAUUAUAUAUAUAUAUACACACACACAUAUAUAUAUAUUUCUGUAGUCGUGUCAGGGAUGGACUGGCCAAAGAACAAACACUCCAGUGUCCCCAGGAGGUUUGUCCUCAUAUCAUUGUGUUUUUAGGGUCAGGUGUGAUUAUGAAGCUUUUCCCAAAGAUUUGGGGAUGGGAAUGGGGGUGGGUAAAAGGGAUAAUGCCAUCGUUGGAGUGCGGGGCUGGAACAUUAUGAGUGCUCAAUAAAUACAAAAUAGUGAGAAAGGUAGUGGUGGUAAUGAUGUCCUUGUGAACUCAAGAAUGAAUGUGACUGUAAGUCAGCCAUAUGUGUUACUGAAUUAAUCUGAACCAGUCAAGAGCCUUUGUAGUUGAGUGGGAAUGGGCUGCACAAAUGUAGAGAUCAGGCAUCCCAGGAGGUUACUAUGGCAAUCAGUCCACUAUCCUAAAAGGUCUUCACUAAGUAGUGUUGUAGGAGAGGGUCUAUCUCCGUGAAACUCCAGAGGGUACACAAUGCUUUUCUACCAGCUCCUUUGAAUCACCCCCUUAUUUUUUCUCUGAUGCUUUGGAGUGUCAGGAAGUGUUGACAUAAAGGGGUUAUGCUCUUUCUUUACCCCCUUGACAUCUUUACAUGGGGAGAGCCCAGAACACUAGGAGGGCUGGAAGUCCUCCUGCCCAUAUAUUCACAUUUACAACUAGGCCUCUUGACAUACCCAGGACUAUGCAGGGUUUCACUCCAGUGGGAAAAUCCAACAUUCUACUCCAUGAAAGUCCUGACUGUACAAGUAAGACGUAUUUACAAUCUCAACAAGCUCUGGACUCCUUAUGGCCCUUAUACUCCUUACCUCUUUGUUGUUCCCCUCUCUGAAGUAUCUGAUGCCAGCCAUUCAAUCCUCAGCUCUUGACCCCAUGGAGACCCCCUGCCCUUCUUCCCUCACCUAAACCAAAUGUACGUCCCCACCCUUGGUUCAGGUAUUCUCACCCACUUUCAGAAACUAUGCUGGCUCCUCGUAUCCUUUUCUCACUUCACCCACCCUAUGCUCUUGGGAUUCCCUGGGUCCUAGAAUUGCUUUACAUUAUCAGACAUUGAGAUGAAUUGACUGUGCUUGAAGAAGCAGAGAGGACAUCAUGGCCCAGCAACUAAGCAACAUGUGGAGUCAGAAAAAAGCCUAAGCAGCACUGCAGCAUCUCUAAUGAACUUGAUUUAUUGUUAGAGUUGAAGGCAGCUCCAUUACAGCAGCUGGGAACUAGAGCAGGGAAGUGUGGGGAGGAGCAGAACACAGCAUCACGGGGAGGGUGGGAGCUAGGAGGAACACAGGCGGGCUCAUUUUGAUUCCCAGUCAUUUGGCAGAGAAGCCGAGCCUUGAUGAGCGUCUGGAUUUCUCAGCCCAUCAGUAGUCUGACAGGACUGCCCAUUGGCUUGCUUGGGGUGAGGUCCUCUCCUGAGAUGGUAUUUUCAGCCUGUUUUCCUCUCACUCAGUAGGAGUUAAGCUUUAGCUCAGCUUCCUCUCCCUUUCCUUCCUCCUUCUCAUUUGCCACAAGUCCUCUGGCAUGGCCUCCACCUCCCAGAUCCUCUCUGUCCAAGAGUUUGGGGCUAGAAAGGCAGCCAGCGUUCCCAUUUCAGCUGCAGGAUGGUACAGUGGAAUGUUGGGGGACUCACACAUUGCUGGGGUGUCAAAUGUUGGGAUGUCAAGCAGUGGCUUAUUUUUAACCCAUUACACACCGGGCCACAGUAGAUGACCACAUGCAGAGAAGCCAAGCAGGGGAUGAGAAAGGAUUAGGAUAAUUGGAAUGGGUGGGUGAAAACUUUAAUAGGUUAGGGAACUUGGAAAAUUCUGGGUUUGGGGCUGGGCUCUUCUUGCCCCUUUGUGCUGCCCAGGAGGCCUGGUCUGGUCACAGCUCUGGGAUGUGUAUGGUGAAGCAAGGACUGGGAGGAUAAGCUCAUUCCCUCACCAGUCUGUUGGUCAAAAGAGCUUCAAGUUUUGGACUGAGACAUUCAGAUAUGGAGGGAAGCAGUGGGACAGUAUAGCAGUGUGUAUCCUAGACCCUUGCUGGAACCCAGACCCUGGUGGGUAAGUGGAUGGGAGGUGAAGGGUGCAGCUCUGGGCACCUCACUGACAGUAUUCUGCCCCCAGGUCACAUAAGUUACUACUAGAAAUCCUUUCUUGGGAUGCUAAAUAAAUAAAGAGAUCCCUAGGGGUGUAGAUAUGAUCUCCCUCCAUGAGGGAGGAGGUUGUGCUCUGAGAUGACCCAUACUAACUCCCCAUCCAAUCCCAGCAUUUGGCCGUGCUAGAAGAGGGCGUCACUCCAGGGUUCUCAAGCAUAAGAUGACCUCCUAUCCUACUUUUGUGCCCUCCCCCUAUCCUAUCUGUUACCUUUGGUUUUGAGACUCCUCUCAGGUAUGGAUGAGGGGAAGGGACAACCUUCCCAUUUAGCCCAGCCCAAGUUCCCACAAGACAUCCUGUCCCCUGCCCUCUCCUUCCCCAGUGCCCAUGUCCCCCAACCCAAGGACUCAGCAGUGGCCAUUUUCUAAGGGAGUUGGGGGAACAGAUCCUUGGGGAAGGAGAGGGGUUCCUUCAGAACUCAAUCUUGCAGGCUGGGAAGGACUCAUCCUGCAUGACCACGGUGCUGCUGCUAGCCAGAACCAGGACAUUCAGUUGUUGCUGCUGCUCGUGAGUCUGCUGGUACCACUCACGGGUUACCUCCGUAUCAUGAGUAGGAAUCAGAGUCACCUAGGAGGGAGACAAGACAUGCCUGAUGUGAGACUGUGAAGGGAAGUGAAGCAAGGAGGAUGGAACACCUGAUGGUCAAGGAGGCAGUCCCAAUGCCCAUUGGAAGGGCUCAGCCCUGUUUUUGGCUUGGAGGAGGCAAAGGUGCAACUUUCUUCCAUUGUCCCAAAUCUGACACUAGCUGCCUCCACCAUGCCACCAAAGUUCAACCCCAGGGAGAUCAAAGUCUUAUGUCUGAGGUGCACCAGCAGGGAAGUCGGUGCUACAUCUGCCCUGGCCCCCAAGAUUGGGCCCUGGGCCUGUCUCCAAAAAAGGUUGGUGAUGACAUCACCAAAGCAACCAGUGACUGGAAGGGUCUGAGAAUCACAGUGAAACUGAUCAUGAAGAACAGAUAGGCCCAGAUUGAGGCAGUGACUUCUGCCUCUGCCCUGAUCAUCAAAGCCCUCAAAGAACCACCACAAGACAGAAAGCAAGAAAAACAUUAAGCACAGUGGAACUAUCACUUUUGGUGAGAUUGUCAACAUUGCCCAACAGAUGCGGCACUGAUCUUUAGCUAGAGAACUCUCUGGAACCAUUAAAGAGACCCUGGGGACAGCCCACUCUGUGGGCUGUGAGGUUGACAGCUGCCACCCUCAUGACAUUACAGAUGACAUUGACAGUGGUGUAGUGGGAUGCCCUGCUAGUCAAGGACUACAAAUGAAACUAUUUCAAUCAAAGGUCAUUUGAUAAAUAAAUAAAUGGCUCGGUCCUUUUACGAAUAAAAACUUUGUUCCACUA